UUAGUAAAAUAAUGCUUACAUAGAAAGCUUUCAGCGUGAUUAACUUUAUUUAUUAUUGUUCAUUGAAAAAUUGGAAAUUUGUCAUUCAAUUUGGAGUAAAAUCAUCAUAGUCAAUCAUAUCAGGAAUCAUCAAAGUUAGGUAGAAGAUGGGCCUAACAAAGGAUGAAAUCGCAAUCCUCUCAUCUAUCGAUUCAACUGAUUAUGGUUUUGUUGAUGUUCCAAGCAAUAGUAAAUUAGAGGCUUUGUUAAAUAAAGGUAUUGAAGCCUUGGAAUCAUUCAUUAAAACCAGUUUGACGAGAGAUGGUGAUACCGACGAUGGUUCAACUAGUAACACGAUCGAUUCCAGAGUAUAUGCAAAGCUUGGACAUUAUCAUUUACUGUUAAAAAACUAUCCGAAAGCUAUGUCAGCGUACCAACGGUAUUAUCAAAUCAAUUAUGACAACUACCAAAAUCUGGAAGCUCUCUAUGGUUUGGGAUUAGUUUAUUUCCAUUACAAUGCAUAUCGCUGGGCCAUCAAAGCAUUCCGCCAAAUACUUUAUUUUAAUCCAUCUUUUUAUCCAUCCAAUGAACUACAUAUUAGAUUAGGAGUAAUUUUUAAGAUUUUAUGUGAUUAUAAUUCAUCUCUUAAACAUUUUCAAAUUGCCUUGGCCGAUAGUCGUCCAUCAACUCUUAGUAAAGUUCAAAUUAAAUUUCAUAUUGCUCAUUUAUAUGAAGUCCAAGGGAAACAUAAAUUAGCUAAAGAAUGUUAUGAAAAAUUAUUAUCGGAUAAAACUGUAACCGGUGAAUUAAGGUCUGAUGUGCAAAAGCAAUUAGGAUGGAUGUACCAUAUUGUGGAUUCAUUUGGUGAUAAACAUACAAGGCAAUCAUUGGCCAUAAGUUAUCUGGAAUCAGCGUCAAAAGGAGAAUUUAGUUCAAGACAAAGUUCCUAUUUUCUUGGUCGAUGUUACUCAAGUCUAGGUCAUGUACAUGAAGCAUUUAAAUCUUACAGAGCAUGUGUUGAUAAAAAUGAUCUUGAUGCUGAUACAUGGUGCUCAAUAGGGGUUCUUUAUCAGCAGCAAAAUCAGUUGAUAGACGCUCUUCAAGCAUAUAUCUGUUCAGUUCAAAUAGAUAAAAGUCACACCACAGCUUGGACAAAUCUUGGUAUCCUUUAUGAGAGUGUUAACCAACCUCAAGACGCUCUUAAAUGUUUUAUGAAUGCAAUAAAAGGACGAGGGUCAGUGAGUUCUACUCUCAAUGAGCGAAUCAAAUUUUUACAAAAUCAACUUGCCAACGCUCCUCCAAAUAAUUCACAAAGCCUCCAGCGGUUAUUAUCCAUCGAAAACGCUUGGAAUUUACCAAUUUCAUCUCAAGAAAUAGCAACAAGACAAAACUCAGUUCAAAGACCUAAUCAAGAUAUUUCAUCAGCUUAUGAUCCUCAUCACACUUUAAAUCAAAGUAAACGCCAGCGAAUGGAAUCAACAAACUCUAUUAAAAAGCCUGAAGGUUACCCACCAAAUAAUUCAGGAGAUGUACCCUUUUCUGGACCCACUGCCAAUAGUGUUACUAUGACUGCUCAGCAAAUAUCGUUAAUGAAUUAUUUACAAAAAAAUCAAAAUUCACUUCAACCUCAGGAUAAAGCUUUACUCGCCCAAUUACAACACCAAUACAGACUAUUCACUUCACAAGUAUCAUAUAAACCGCAACAAAAUCAAUCACAACCAGAUAAAGUUAAUGAUUCUUCACUAGCUUCUGGUAACAUUGGUGCCAACAUUAAUAAUAAUAACAAUAACAACAACAACCAUAUAAAUUACAACAGUGAUUCUAGUUUAAGCAACAACAAUCCAUCAAGGCCUUUAUCUAGUGGUCCAGAUUGUCCUACUGGUCAAAUUAACUUAAAUAACACCACCAGUCCCACCAAUAACAAUUCAACCUUAACCAAUAGAACUCACAGUGAUUUAGAUAAUAAAAGUGGUUGUAAUAGUGCAAAUCAGAAUAAUUCAAAUAGUAAUUUAACUGGUGGCGAUACAAAUUCACCAAUAAAAAUGGACACUGCCUUCAAUAGUGAUACCUCAACUAAUACAACUACCACUACUACUUCAUCAAUCCCAUUAACACCGUCCUUGGGUCUCAGUGAAAAUGAUUUACGUGCACUUUUAGCGCCUAAGAACUCAGCUACGAUUUCUAUAGCUGAAAAUUUAAUCGCUGAAUUUGGUUUAAAUGGUAAACACCGAACCACACCUUUAAAUAAUAAUAUAAACAGUAGUAGUAAUAAGAAAGAAAUUGAUUCGAUCUCCUGUCAAACUCAAACUCUCACUGCCAAUUCAAAUUGUGUCGUAAACCGAAGAAAUUCAUCCUCAAGUGAUAUUGAUUCAUCAACCAAUGAAAGCUCAAUUCACCACUCUCGUUCAUCUACAAAUAAUAAAUGGGAUCAUUUUUCAAACUCAAGUCACAAUUCAAAUUAUUCUCAGCCUAUUCGUUUAUCAAUCGACAUGACUGCAUCUCGUGCUUUAGAAGCAUGCAAAGGUUAUGGUCGAUCUGGAAGAAUUGAUUCCAAUUUAUUAUCGGACGAUCCUCGCCCUCCGUCUCCCAUUGAAGCACCAUACCCACCACUGCCCAAAGAUAAAUUAUUACCUCAAACUCCUAGUGUUUUUCUUGAAAAUAAGAAAGAUGCCUUCUCAACGCAACUCCAGGAAUUUUGUCUGGCACAUCCAAUUGCCGUCGUUCGUGGUCUUGCAAGUGUUUUAAAAUUAGAUCUUGGAUUAUUCUCAACGAAAACUCUUGUGGAAGCCAAUCCAGAUCAUUUAAUUGAAGUUCGUACUCAAUUGUUGCAAUUAUCAGAUGAAAAUUGGGACCCAGAAAAGCGUCAAAUGGUUUGGAGAUGUGAAAGUCAUCGUUCACAUAUGACAAUUGCACGCUAUGCUCAUUACCAAGCUUCUUCAUUCCAAGAAUCAUUGAGAGAUGAACAAGAUAAAACUCCGGGUAUAUUGAGAGACUCUGAUAGUGAUUCAAAUUCAUCAGCUACCUCAAAAAUGCGACGUGGAAAGAAAACACGACCUUUUAAGACAAUCAAAUUUGGAACCAAUGUUGACCUUUCGGAUGAUAAAAAAUGGCGUCCUCAGUUACAAGAACUCAUGAAAUUACCAGCAUUUGCGCGGGUAGUUUCAGCUGGUAACAUGCUUAGUCAUGUAGGUCAUGUAAUUUUAGGCAUGAAUACGGUUCAAUUGUAUAUGAAAGUACCUGGUUGCCGGACUCCGGGUCAUCAAGAGAAUAAUAAUUUUUGUUCUGUUAAUAUUAACAUUGGUCCUGGAGACUGCGAAUGGUUUGGAGUUCCUGAAGAGUAUUGGGGUGCUAUAAAUAGUCUCUGUCAAAAGAAUAAUUUAAGUUACUUACAUGGUUCUUGGUGGCCCAUUUUAGAGGAUCUUUUUGCUGAAAAUAUUCCUGUUUAUCGUUUCCUUCAGCGUCCAGGAGAUAUGGUUUGGGUUAAUGCGGGAACUGUUCAUUGGGUUCAAGCUGUUGGCUGGUGUAAUAAUAUUGCCUGGAAUGUUGGUCCUCUUACUUCAGUUCAGUAUCAACUUGCUGUUGAACGUUAUGAAUGGAAUAAAUUGGAAAAUUUCAAGUCCAUUGUACCUGUUAUCCAUCUCACCUGGAAUCUCGCAAAAAAUCUCAAAGUUUCAGAGAAAGAAUUGUUUAAAAAGAUGAAAAUCUGCUUAUUACGAUCAUUAAAAUGUUGUCAAAUGAUAAUGGAUUUUGUGGAAGCUUGUGGCCGUGAAAUAAGAUGGCAUGGACGUAGUAAAAAUGAAGCAGCUCAUUAUUGUGUUAAUUGUGAAGUUGAAGUAUUUAAUAUUCUUUUCGUUCGUGAAAUGGACAAAAAGCAUGUUGUUCACUGUGUUGAUUGUGCUCGUAAAGCAAGCCCAAAUUUGGAGGAUUUUGUAAUUUUAGAGGAAUAUAAAAUUGAAGAGUUGAUGGAAGUUUUCGACGAUUUUCAACUCCAUGCACGAUGAUUUUUACGAUUAUUUAUUAAGGUGUAAAAACAGAACUGACAGUUCGAUCGUUUAAUCAUUUUUAACCGACAUUGCUUUGGAUUUGAUAUUAACGAUGUCAACAGUGUUCAUAAUAAUAGUAAUUCCAAGUUUACUAUCAGUUUUGUUUACAUCAUUUUUUUCUUCACUUGAAAACAAAAGCACUAAUCUAAUCCAAUGCUUUUUUAAUAAAAUAAACAAUGACGAAGUGUUUAAUGUAAAAAAAUGACGAAGUGAUGUUUAUAAUCUAGAUAAUGUUUAUUAUAAGCAUAUCUUCAAUAAUUUAAUAAAAUGCUGAUUAUGAAAAGUCAA